UUUUUGGUCAAAUCGUGUGCUCAACUGUCGGGUGAUUUUAGCACUGCACCGUCUUUACUUCUUUCUCUAACCCGCUCCAACACUCCGGCACUUUUGGGCUUCAGGGGUUUCAGGCGAGAAUCUCUGUUCACUGGGUCCCUCAGAUCCGGCAAUCUCCGGUAAUUCUUUUUGUCUUCCUAAAUUCACUAUCAGUACAGUGUGACGCAGCUUCGUCCUCGUAAAUGAAUAUGAGUAGCUUGGUCGAGAGGCUACGAGUUAGAUCAGAUCGAAGGCCAAUUUAUAACCUCGAUGAAUCUGAUGAUGAUGCUGAUGUUGUACCUGGGAGACAUGGGACAGCUCAGGAGAAGUUUGAGAAGAUAGUUAGGGAUGAUGCGAAAGAGAGUUCAUGUCAAGCCUGUGGAGAAAGUGGGAAUCUUCUGUGCUGUGAAACAUGUACUUAUGCUUACCAUCCUAAGUGUCUGCUUCCACCAUUGAAAGCUCCUCUUCCUUCUAACUGGAGAUGUCCUGAAUGUGUUAGCCCUCUUAAUGAUAUCGAUAAGAUAUUGGACUGUGAAAUGCGCCCUACUGUAGCUGAUGAUAGUGAUGCCUCAAAGCUUGGAACGAAGCAAAUAUUUGUAAAACAAUAUCUUGUUAAAUGGAAGGGAUUAUCUUAUCUGCAUUGUACAUGGGUGCCGGAGAAAGAGUUCCACAAAGCUUUCAAGACCCAUCCACGUCUAAAGACAAAAGUGAACAAUUUCCACCGUCAAAUGGGAUCAAGUAAUAAUUCCGAGGAUGACUUUGUUGCCAUUCGACCAGAAUGGACUACUGUUGAUCGGAUUAUUGCUUGCAGGGGAGAUGAUGAUGAGAAGGAAUAUCUUGUAAAGUGGAAAGAACUUCCUUAUGAUGAUUGCUAUUGGGAAUUUGAAUCAGACAUAUCUGCAUUUCAGCCAGAAAUUGAUAAAUUCAAUAGAAUACAAUCUAGGUCUCGCAAACUACCUUCGAAUAAGCAGAAAACUAGUAUUAAAGAUGCUGCUGAAUCAAAAAGGAAGCAAAAAGAGUUUCAACAGUAUGAACACAGUCCUGAAUUUCUUUCUGGAGGUACACUACAUCCUUAUCAGCUUGAGGGGUUGAAUUUCUUGCGUUUCUCUUGGUCCAAACAAACUCAUGUUAUACUUGCUGAUGAAAUGGGACUUGGAAAGACAAUACAGAGUAUUGCAUUUUUAGCCUCACUUUUUGGGGAGAACAUCUCUCCACAUUUGGUAGUUGCACCACUAUCAACAUUGCGAAACUGGGAACGUGAAUUUGCAACAUGGGCACCUCAAAUGAAUUGUGUUAUGUACGUUGGUACUUCCCAAGCUCGUGCAAUAAUAAGGGAGUAUGAAUUUUACUAUCCUAAAAAUCAUAAGAAAAUCAAGAAAAAGAAGUCUGGUCUACUAGUUACUGAAAGCAAGCAAGAUAGGAUCAAAUUUGAUGUCCUCCUUACAUCAUAUGAGAUGAUUAACUUAGACACAACAUCACUGAAACCAAUAAAGUGGGAGUGUAUGAUUGUCGAUGAAGGCCAUCGUCUCAAAAAUAAGGAUUCAAAGUUGUUUUCAUCAUUGAAGCAGUAUUCAAGUAGACACCGUGUGCUUUUGACUGGAACUCCUCUUCAGAACAAUCUUGAUGAACUUUUCAUGCUUAUGCACUUCCUUGAUGCUGGGAAGUUUGGAAGUCUGGAGGAGUUUCAGGAAGAAUUUAAGGAUAUCAAUCAAGAGGAGCAGAUAUCUAGACUUCAUAAAAUGUUGGCGCCCCAUCUUCUCAGAAGAGUGAAAAAGGAUGUCAUGAAGGAACUACCACCCAAAAAGGAACUUAUUUUGCGUGUUGACUUAAGUAGCAAGCAGAAAGAGUAUUACAAAGCAAUUCUUACUCGCAAUUAUCAGAUAUUAACUCGCCGUGGUGGUGCACAGAUAUCGCUUAUCAAUGUGGUAAUGGAAUUACGCAAGCUCUGUUGUCAUCCUUACAUGUUAGAGGGAGUUGAACCAGAUAUAGAAGAUGCAAAUGAAUCUUACAAACAAUUGUUAGAGACUUCUGGGAAAUUGCAGUUGUUGGACAAAAUGAUGGUAAAGCUUAAAGAGCAAGGUCAUAGAGUUCUCAUAUAUUCACAAUUUCAGCACAUGUUAGACUUGUUAGAAGAUUACUGUACUUACAAGAAAUGGCAGUAUGAACGUAUAGAUGGUAAGGUUGGUGGAGCUGAAAGACAAAUACGAAUUGAUCGGUUCAAUGCCAAAAAUUCGUCCAGGUUUUGUUUUUUGCUUUCUACAAGAGCAGGAGGCCUAGGAAUAAACCUUGCGACUGCUGAUACAGUCAUUAUAUAUGACAGUGAUUGGAAUCCUCAUGCCGAUCUACAAGCUAUGGCUAGAGCUCAUCGUCUUGGGCAGACUAACAAGGUAAUGAUUUAUAGGCUUGUAACACGAGGAUCCAUUGAAGAAAGGAUGAUGCAGAUGACAAAGAAGAAAAUGGUUUUAGAACAUUUAGUUGUUGGAAGGUUGAAGGCUCAAAAUAUCAACCAGGAAGAGUUAGAUGACAUCAUAAGGUAUGGAUCAAAGGAGUUAUUUGCUGAUGAAAAUGAUGAAGCUGGAAAAUCUCGACAAAUACAUUAUGAUGAUGCUGCUAUUGAUAGAUUACUUGACCGUGAUCAAGCUGGAGAUGAAGAGGCUACAUUGGAUGAUGAAGAUGAAGAUGGAUUUUUGAAGGCUUUUAAGGUAGCAAAUUUUGAGUAUAUUGAUGAAGUGGAGGCUGUAGCUGAGGAAGAAUCACAAAAGGUUUCCAUGGAAAGUAACACUGUGAACAGUGCUGAAAGAUCAAAUUACUGGGAAGAGUUGUUAAGAGAUAGAUAUGAAGUGCAUAAAAUUGAAGAAUUUAAUGCUUUGGGGAAAGGAAAGAGAAGUCGUAAGCAGAUGGUAUCCGUUGAAGAGGAUGAUCUUGCUGGUUUAGAAGAUGUAAGUUCUGAGGGUGAGGAUGACAACUAUGAAGCUGAUAUGACUGAUGGUGAAACAGCAUCAUCUGGAACUGCUUCUCAGAGGAAGCCUUACAGAAAGAAAGCCCGUGUUGAUAGCGCAGAGCCUCUUCCUUUGAUGGAAGGUGAAGGAAGGUCAUUUAGAGUACUGGGUUUCAAUCAAAAUCAGAGGGCUGCAUUUGUACAAAUCUUGAUGAGGUUUGGUGUUGGAGAUUUUGAUUGGAAAGAGUUUACAUCUCGUAUGAAGCAGAAGACUUAUGAAGAAAUAAAAGAUUAUGGAACUCUUUUCUUGUCUCACAUUGCUGAAGAUAUUACUGACUCCCCAACGUUUUCAGAUGGUGUUCCAAAAGAAGGACUCAGAAUCCAAGAUGUACUUGUUCGGAUUGCAGUUCUGAUGUUAAUAAGGGAUAAAGCAAAGAAUUCGUCAGAAAAUGCAGGUGCUCCACUUUUUGCAGAUGACAUCUUGUUGCGCUAUCCAGGAUUGAAGGGUGGGAAAUUUUGGAAGGAGGAGCAUGAUUUAUUGUUAUUGCGUGCCGUAUUAAAGCAUGGAUAUGGGAGAUGGCAAGCUAUUGUUGAUGACAAGGACCUGAGGAUUCAAGAAGUUAUAUGUCAAGAAUUGAAUCUUCCCUUCAUAAGUCUACCUGUUGCCAACCAAACUGGUUCUCAAGCGCAGAAUGGUUCUAAUGCUGCUACUACAGAAGCACCUAAGGAAAAUGGUAGUGGGAAUGAUAUAGCCACUGACAUUCCACAGGGAACUACUGAUGCUGCAAAUCAAUCUCAAAUGUAUCAAGACUCUUCUAUCUUGUAUCAUUUUAGAGAUAUGCAAAGAAGACAGGUUGAGUUUAUUAAGAAAAGAGUGCUGCUUUUGGAAAAAGGGCUCAAUGCAGAGUACCAGAAGGAAUACUUUGGUGACAUGAAGUCAAAUGAGGUUACAGGUGAUGAACAUGACAAUGAACCUAAGGGUGGAAAUAUCCCAAAUGCCUCUGGCUCUCUUGCUGCAGAGACUGAUGUGGACAUGGUUGAUCAAUUGCCUCAUUUAGAAGCUUUUGCUGCUGAAGAAAUAUCUUCUGCCGCAUGCGAUAACGAUCCAGACCGAUUGAAACUGCCUCAUCUUUAUAACAAGAUGUGUAAGAUUGUGGAGGAAACCACCCAUGAGACAUCAUCGGCCAACCAACCAGCUAGUCAGAAUUUAAAGAAAAAUCUUCUUCCAAUUGAAACCAUUUGUGAGGACAUAAAUCGAAUUCUUUCUCCUGUUCUGGAAAAUCCUUCAACUUCAGCACGGCCAGCAGUAACUACAGAACAAUCACGUGUUGAACCAAAGGGCAAUGCUGCCGCACCUGAAUCUCUUCAAGAUGACAGCAGGCCUGCUGCUGCAGUAGAAGAGGUUGGUGAGUUGAAAGACUUGGCAACAGAAUCGAAACAUAAUAAAGAAACUAGCAAGUCGUUGGAGUUGGGCACAGACCAAGUCAAAGAAAAGAGUGAUGGAUCAUCUUCUAAGGUUCCAACUCCUGCUGAACCAUGUCCACCUUUGGCAGGACCCUCAAGUUCACCAAAAAGAACUGAAAAUGCUGUUGAAAUAGAAGAAAGGAAGAGCGAACCUGUUGGUAAUGGAAGCACAGAGAAAACCAAGGAGGGUGUCAUAGUACUGGAUGAUUAAUUGCGGCGGUACUGGGUCGUAUUACUGAAGUAGCAUUAAUGGGUCUAAUUCAAACACCCUUUUUCAGUGGCAUUAAUGGGUCUAAUUCAUACCCUUUUUCUUUAUAGAAUUACCAUCUAAUUGUAUUUUUUUUCCCAAAAAAUUUCUACAAUCAACUGGAAUAUUUUUUGUGGCUUAUAUUAUAAAAUCUCACCUUUUUUUGGUAAAA